CUCAAGCUAUUGGAGAUUCUGUCCGGUGAACCGAUGCCCCCGCCAACAUUGGGAAGAAUGCGAAUUCACUGCUUGGAAAACGUGGAUAAAUCGUUGUAUUUUCUUAGUAGCUUGAAUGUUCAUCUGGAAAAUGUGGGCGCGCAUGAUAUUGUGGAUGGGAACGCACGAAUCACGCUCGGUCUCUUGUGGACCAUCAUUUUACGAUUUCAAAUCCAAGACAUUGCAAUAUCCACGACCACCGAUGCAUUGCUGCUUUGGUGCCAGAUGAAAACCGCCGGCUAUCCGAACGUGGACGUGCAGAAUUUCACGACAAGUUGGCGUGAUGGUUUGGCAUUUAACGCCCUGAUUCACAAACACCGACCGGAUCUGAUCAACUUCAGUGCACUCUCGCCUCACACACCACUACAAAAUCUGGAAUCAGCAUUUAUUGUGGCCGAAAAACGCUUGGGUAUCACCAGACUAUUUGAUCCAGAGGAUAUUUAUGUGGAAAACCCGGAUGAGAAAUCAAUCAUCACUUAUGUUGUCACCUAUUAUCACUAUUUUUCAAAGAUUAAGGCGGAGACAGUUCACGCGAGACGAGUGACAAAUUUUUUGCAUUAUUUGCAAGAUGUGCAUGAUCAGGCCUGUUUGUAUGAAAAAGAUACCAGUGCGUUGCUUGCCUGGAUCCGACAAAAAAUUGCCUGGUUGGAUAGCCGGGAUUUUCCUCCGCGCGUCGCGGACCUGCAGCAGCUGUUGGUCGAAUUCAAUGACUAUCGACUGAAAGAGAAGCCGGACAAAUUUUUCGAGAAAGGCAAUAUUGAAAUUAGUCUGUUCACAUUGCAGACCAAAAUGCGUGCGGUCAAUAUGCGGGUGUACAAACCUACGAAUGGAUUACAGGUGGCUCAGGUGAACAGUGCAUGGCAACGUUUGGAGAAGUCGGAACAUGCCCGCGAAUUGGCUCUGCGUGAUGAGCUGGUACUUCAACGACGAUUGGAACAUUUGUAUAAUCGCUUUCAGCGCAAGGCAAAACUAAGAGAGGCAUGGAUUUUGGACAAUCAGAAGCUGUUACAACAACCGGAUUACGCGGAAGAUUUGCUCAUGGUCGAGGCUGCACUAAAGAAACACGAGGCUUUGGAAACAGACGUGUGCUCGUAUGCGGACAGAAUUCAGACUGUGGGUCAAAUUGCCGAUGAGUUGGAUAGAAGUAACUUUUAUAAUAUCAAGGAGGUUCUGGCCACUAGAGAUCAUAUUGAAAAGCUUUGGGCUCGACUUUUAAAUCUGAUGCGAGAGCGUUUUGGUCGAUUAGAUGCAAAGCAUAGUUACUUUAAACAGUUCUCUGAGUUAGAUCACUUGAGUACCAUCAUUAGUUCACUUCAGAAGCAGUUGGACACGGAUGACUGUGGAGCUCAUCUGUCUGCCGUGGAGGAGUUACUGCAACGCCAUGAAUUGUUAGAAACAGAUAUACGAUCGAUUCAUCGAAGUAUGUCACAGUCAUUGCGUUUGCUUGAGGGUGACACGUAUAUUACAGGUUCGGCAGCUGAACUUGGUAAGCAGCGCGAGCAAGCGGUACGAGAUGCGUAUUCACGACUGGUAGCCAGUGCAGAAGCUCGUCGGUACGCACUUGAGUUGUCAAAGGCACGUUGGGAAGUGUUUGCGGAACUUGACGAACAGCAUUAUUAUAUACGCGAACGUUUAGACUAUAUGAGGAAGGUGAGAGAGAUACCAAACAACGGAUUUGUCGACGGUCUAUUUCGGCGUCAUCGCGCCUUGGAGAUUGAACUGGAAAAUCGACGUAUUGCACUAAAUCUCACGUUUGAGAAAGCAUCAUUUCUGGCCGACCAGAAGUUCCCUGAACUCGAACCUGUGGUUGAUCGGGUCAUGGAAGUGAAAGAAGCAUGGGAAGAACUGAUUGAAGAGACUGUGGCCCGAAAAAAGACACUGAUGUUUGUUCGUGAUUAUCAGUACUUUUUAGUCAGUUGUGAUGAUACAGAGUCGUGGAUUCGUGAGAAACUGGAACUCAGUGCCAGUGUGUUACAACGUGGAGUACAAAAUGACAGCCUGAGUUUGAUAGAAUGUCUGUUGAAGCGACAUCAAGAAACGAUCGCUGCUGUGGAAAGUUUUGCUUCUGUGGUCGACCAGCUGAAAUCUAGCGGGGAAGAUCUGAUUGAUCAGGCAGACGAUCAGCUUUUUGCAGUUACCGGGUCAAGACCUAGUCAAAUCGUGGCUGGUUGUGAAAGUCGCGAGCAAGUGAAGACGAGUGUAGACCAGAAGUUGCAACUGAUUGGUGAUUUGUAUAAAGAGCUCACAGAAGAGAUUUGUCACACGCAAACCGCAUUGCUAGAUGUGCUCUCUUUGCAUCAACUAUUUCGAAUGGCCAGUGGAACGUAUAACUGGAUCACAGAGAAACGAGAAUAUUUGCGAGCGCAUGUGAUUGAAGAGCUACAGGAUGUGCACACAUUAGCCCUACAGGGUGAACAACCAGGCUAUUGGAGUCUGAUGCAAGAGAAGAUGGAGGUUGUCAAACGGCGAUUUGUCAUGCUUCAGAUGCAAAUGAGCAAAACUGCAGAGCAGGUGAGUAAACUGCGAGUUUUCCCCGUUCUGUUCAGUGUUAAUUGUAGUAUUUCGGAUCGGUUAUAUCGAAAACAUUAUAAUGAAUAG